AUGACGGGCGACAAGAGCUUUGGUAGCCACAAUCACAACAGCGGGAGUAGUAAUAGGAGUAGCACCACCACUUCUACUGGUCCAAACGAGGCGAUGCCGCUCCUUCUUGACCUCCCAGUCGCCUCCGAGCCUAAAAGCUCGCGUCGCCUCCCACUCACAGAUAGCGCCAAGCGCGCGCAGCACAAACUGCAGCUCGCCUGCGUCUGUUCGCUCCUCUUUAUGGCAGCCGAAGUGGUCGGCGGCUUCGUCGCUGGGAGUCUCGCCAUCAUGACGGACGCCGCGCACUUACUGUCGGACGUCGCGGGCUUCUGCAUCUCGCUCUUUGCCAUUUGGGUCACGACGUUGCCCGCGUCCAGUCGCCUGAGCUUUGGCUUCCAACGGGCCGAAGUCAUUGGCGCCAUCACGAGUGUGCUCGUGAUUUGGGUCCUCACGGGCGUCUUGGUCUACGCCGCUGUCGAGCGCUUCCUUGCGUGUUUACAGCCCCAUCCAGAGGAGCUCGUGAACGGCAAACUCAUGUUUGUUGUCGCGUGCAUUGGCCUGUUUGUGAACUUGAUGCUGAUGCAGAUCUUAGGACAUGGUCACAGUCACGGAGGAGGAGACGGUCAUCAUCACAGUCAUGGUCAUACUCAUGGUCGCAGUCAUGGUCAUGGAAAUACAAGCAGCAGCAGCAGUGACACUAUUGCUGAUGAGGAAGCAGAGCAAACGGGACAUGUUGCAGAUCACUUGCACCAUGGCCACGGCCAUUCUCAUGGAAGUCACCAUGAACUUGGGAGUUUGGAGACUGGGAAAACCCGCGUGAGUGCUGCUGUAUCCGAGACGACGAACAAGAAGAGGCUGGAGAACAUGAACGUCCAAGCGGCGUAUAUCCACGCGCUCGGCGACUUUAUUCAGAGUGUCGGGGUCUGCAUUGCUGGUGCACUUGUGUGGUACAAGCCCGAGUGGCAAAUUGCAGACCCCAUUGCCACGUUCGUGUUUUCGGUGCUCGUGCUUGGCACGACAGUUGGCAUUGUCCGUGACAGUAUUCACGUGUUGAUGGAGGGCACACCUGAUGGCAUUCACGCAGAUGAGAUCGAGCGGGGCCUUCGUCACUGCUCGUCCGUCGUGGCGGUACACGACUUGCACAUUUGGUCACUGAGUGCAGGUUUGCCGUCGCUCAGCGUGCAUCUCGUGUCAGAUGAUGCUGAAACGGCCCUGCACGCUGCUCAGCGCUACUUGAUUUCCAUGGGCAUCACACAUACUACUAUUCAAGUUGAGAAGACGUCGACGCUGUACCCGCGCAAUUGUAGCUCGGAUUUGAAGUGCGGUCAAAACUCUCCGAACCACGGCCACUAG